AUGAAUGAACACCUAUGCCGCGGUCUGGAUAGAUAUACACUAACGUGGUACACAUCGAUAUCAGACAACCCCCACUAAUAUUUCUUAACGAUAUAUCUUCCAUACAGGAAGAGACACUCAGUAAAGGGGGCACCGCGUGUGUAGUAGCUUACACUGAGCAUUUUACAGAUUUCUUAAGACCUUGUUUAAAGGGGAAAAUGACGACCAUAACAAUCGACGAAACUCUUGGAACGUUCAUUUGAUGGAAUGUCGGGCCGGGCCGGUUGGGCUGUUGCAUUUAUGUCCCCCGUCAGCGCCGACUCAGCGGUGUGUAAAUUUUGCGAUGACUUGAUAUUAUGAGGAACAUUUUUUAACUUGUAUACACAUUGAAACGAUGUGUAAGUUUGCUUUCAGUUCAACGUUUGAAGGAACAAAAUAGGGAGCUAUUGAUCUCAAGGUUGAGGUCGGUUUAUAUAAGUGAGACCCUGAAAACAAAAACGCUGGAAUGUCAGGCAAGCUGGAUAUGAGGGAAGAUCACAUCAACACGUUCUUCGUGGGCCUGAAGCGCCUUUGGCUGAGCGGGGACCACUCUGACGUCACAAUCCAGGUCCAAAACGAGACUUUUCUGUGCCAUAAGGCGGUCCUCGCGACAAUGUCGUCUUACUUUGACUCCAUGUUUGGUUCUGGGAUGAAAGAAAGCCUGACCGGUUCUGUCGUGAUUGAGGAGAUGGAACCGAGGACUUUCAAGAAAGCCAUGAACUUUAUUUACACAGGGGAAAUCGAACUCGAAGUCGAAUCGGCCAUCGCUCUCUUACAGACAUCGGCGUUUCUACAAAUCAGAGCGCUGCAGAAAUUGUGUGAAACGUAUCUCAAACCACACAUUGAUACUGAGAACUGUAUCCAUUUGUGGAAGGUGUCCGUUUUAAACAACUGUCGAAUCAUAAAAGUCGCAGCUUUCAGACACAUUCUGGACAACUUCGGAAAAGUGUCCAAGUUGGUUGAUUUCUAUCACCUGGACCCGAAGGAGAUAAUUGAAAUCAUAAGGCAAGAAAACUUGAAUGUCGCAUCCGAGGAAGAUUUGUGUAACAUUAUAUUUUAUUGGUUGGACCAAAACAAAAAACAUGCAGAUCAUAUGUGUGAAUUUUUACAAGAAGUAAGACUUGCGUUCGUUAGGACAGAAUACCUCGUCAAAUUGGAGAGAAAGCCAGAAAUUGCCAAAGAUCCUAAUUGUCUAGAUCUUAUCAAUAUUGUAAAAGACUACCACCUUCUCCCAGCCCGGCAGCACGAAAUGGCAACAAAGGUUGCACGGGUACGCGCAACAUCUAGUUUAGAAAACGUGCUGGUGGUUCUGGGAGGUUGCGAGGCAACAAAGCCACCUUACACGCGCUCCACAUCCACGUACUGUUACAGUUUCAGACAACAGACUUGGUUUAAACUGGCUUCUCUUCCUUAUGAUCCGGGCAUCGAGUUUGCCGCUGUGACUUACUGCAAUGACAUUUACAUCACCGGCGGAGGCAUGAAGCAAAACAGUUUUAUAUGGUAUAACGUCAAUCGGAACGUCUGGUCAGAGUUACCGUCCUUGUUAAAUGGCCGACGGAGGCACGCAUGCGUAGCUGUCACCGACGGCAUUUACGUUCUGGGGGGUUACGAUAGUGACCGGGGGGUCGGGAAUCAGAUGUUGAAAAGCGUGGAGAAAUACGUCAUCUCCCAUCAAAGCUGGGAGCCCGCGGGAGAACUCGUUACGCCUGUGAGCUGUUUUGCCGCGAUUUACCGAAAUGAAAACAUUUACACUUUCGGCGGCGAGGAGAAUAGCCGAAUGGAUACGUCUGUUAUACAGUGUUAUAACGUCAACACUAAGACCUGUGUGAUUCUGACGGUCAAGAUACCAAUGGCGUGUAAACUGACUCGAUCUUGUGUGUUCAACGAUCGAAUGUUUCUCGUUCUGUACGACGGUCGAGUGAUCGAAUAUUUCGAAGAGAGCGAGGAUUCGAGGGCGGCGUGCAAGUUCGUUGCGCGGUUCGAGAAUUUUCAGAGGACGCAUUUCGGCGUCGUGGAACAAAACAAGGGAGUGGUUAUUAUUGGCGGGGUGAUAGAGAACACCAAGCCCUGUAACGACUUCCUGCAGUGUGACACAGAUACCAUGGAGUGCCGUACCCUGGGGGACGUGCUUUUCACCCCGCGGUUAGUGGACGGCUGUGUGAAAAUUAAUAUACCCAAAGACCAUCUAGUUCCCCUGAAAGCGGACUCGGCCUGCUAAUUGCAGAUUUUAUUUUUGUGUGCAUGGUGGGAAAUAAGAUUGCAAUAUUGCAUUUCCUCACUUCCGGAUCCGGUGAUUCACGUGAUUGUGGUUUUUCUAAUCAGACUCGACACGUGUUGCCUAAGUGGGAUCUCUCAACAUUAUUCACCGGCGUCCGUUAUAAAGGGAUUCAAUCUUGAGAACGAUUUUAUAAUUAAGAGUGGUGGUAAGGACAAUGUACUUGUGACGGUGUGGGACAUAUUAUUAAUAUCAAACCGAGACAUUAAUUAAAGUGCAUAGCUUUGUUAUUUCUGUUCGAAGUCUUUAUAAUGAAGAUACCUUGUUGCAUGCCGUAAACUUUUAAUUGUUAUCACAUAUAAUAUUUACCGUUACCGAGAAGGCGUCAGAAAUAAAUAUGAUU